AUGGCUUCCGUGCGGAAACAGUCCUCCUUGCCUGCUGGCUACAAGGAGGACCUCAGCAAAGGCCGCAUGCUCCGCUUCGAGGAGUCCCUGCCCCGCUUGCCUGUGCCCACCCUCGAGGAGACCGCAAAGCGCUACCUCAAGUCCGUACACCCCUUGCUCAACACCACCGAGUACGAGAACACAAAGAAGGCCGUUGAGGAUUUCGUUCAGCCUGGCGGCGUGGGCGAAACUCUCCAGAAGCGCCUGGUUGCCAGGCGCGAGGAUUCCAGCGUCAAGAACUGGAUAUACGAGUGGUGGAACGAUGCCGCCUAUCUGGCCUACCGGGACCCUGUCGUGCCGUAUGUGAGCUACUUCUACUCCCAUCGCGACGACCGCAAACGCCGCGAUCCUUCGAAGCGUGCCGCAGCCAUCACGACCGCCGUGCUGGAGUUCAAGAAGCUCGUCGAUACCAAGGAGCUGGAGCCCGAGUACAUGAAGAAGCUGCCCAUCGCCAUGUCCAGCUACGAGUACAUGUUCAACUGCUGCCGUAUCCCCGCUAAGCCCGCCGACUACCCCCAGAAGUAUGACGAGGCCAACAACAAGCAUAUCGUCGUCGUCCGCAAGAAUCAAUUCUUCAAGGUCGAUCACGAGGUCGACGGCAGGCAGCUCACCACCGCCGAGCUGGAGCAGACAUUCAAGAGAAUAUACCAGAAGGCCGAGAAAGCACCCGCUGUUGGCCUCUACACCAGCCAGAACCGAGACGUGUGGACUGAGGUUCGCGAACGUCUCAUUGCCGCCCACCCCUCCAACGAGGGUGUUCUCAAGGCCAUCGAGUCAGCUUCUUUCGUUGUUUGCCUUGACGAUGCCUCGCCUGUGACCCUCGAGGAGCGCGCGCGCCAGUACUGGCAUGGCGAUGGUGCCAACCGCUGGUUCGACAAGCCGCUUCAGUUCAUCGUCAACGACAACGGCACUUCUGGCUUCAUGGGCGAACACAGCAUGAUGGAUGGCACGCCCACGCAUCGCUUGAACGACCACAUCAACAUGCUGAUUACUACAAACGCGCUGCCCUUCGAUGACCCAUCUGUCCGCUCUAACUUACCGGAACCCAUCCCUCUGGACUUCAAGCUCAACACCCGCCUGCAGAAUGACAUCCGCGACGCGCAAAAGCAUUUCGAUGGCCAAAUUGGCGCGCAUGAGCUCCGUGUUCAGGCAUACCAGGGCUACGGCAAGGGUCUGAUCAAGAAGUUCAAGUGCUCGCCAGACGCAUACGUGCAGAUGCUUAUCCAACUGGCCUACCACAAGUUCUAUGGCAAGAACAGGCCAACCUACGAAUCCGCCGCUACACGUCGCUUCCAGCAGGGCCGCACCGAGACCUGCCGCACCGUGUCGGACGAGAGCGUGGCCUUCUGCUCAGCCAUGGCCGAUCACUCCGUUUCGCCCGAGAAGUGCCGUGAGCUCUUCCGUGCCGCCCUCGACGCCCAUGUCAAAUACAUUACCGAUGCCAGCGAUGGCCGUGGUGUUGAUCGCCACCUGUUCGGCCUGAAGAAGUGCUUGCAGCCAGGCGAGGACGUGCCGUCCAUCUACAACGAUCCGACCUUUGCCUACUCGUCGCACUGGUUCAUCUCCAGCUCCCAGCUCAGCUCGGAGUACUUCAAUGGCUACGGCUGGAGCCAGGUCGUGGACGAUGGCUGGGGAAUCGCCUACAUGAUCAACGAGAACAGCAUCCAGUUCAACGUGGUUUCCAAGAACUUGGGCUCGGAGCGCAUGUCUUUCUAUCUCAAUGAGGCUGCUGGCGACAUCAGGGACGUCAUGCUUCCUUCUCUCGAGGCGCCUAAGGCGAAGUUGUAA